AUGGAACGAACAACAUCACCAAUAACAAAUGAAUCAAAAUAUAUUAUUUUUGAGCAUGUUCAAGUUGAAAAACGUUUUAAAAUUUAUCAAAAUGCAUCUUAUGAAUCUUUGCUUAAGUCGGUUAAAACUGCAUAUGGUUUACCAGCUGAUGAAACAAUAGUACUUUUUCAUCCAGAUACAAAUGAUUAUAUUGUACCUUCAACUGUACAAGAUUUAUUGAUUAAUACAGAUAGUUCUAUUCCAAAAUAUCAACUUAUUACUCGAGAUGAAUCAGGUGCUGAUAAAGAUGGUUGGUUUAAAUGGUUUAAAGCAAGUUAUUUUGUUAAAUUUCUUCGUAAGUAA